CACUCAAGGUCUUAGUGGGUGUUACCAGUUGACUUCGUAGGACUUACGAACGUAAUAGAUGUGUGAUUGACAGUAGACAACGACAGUCAGGCGCGAUAGACUCUACGAACAGAACACAGAUACACUUUGCCUGUCAACGCGCAGUUUUAGAUAAAGGACAUCAGGAGUGAGUUGUAUUUUUUAUUCCAUCAUCGCAAACAACCGGUCAACUAGUGCCUUCAAUCAGAGUUCAUGAAGAAGUGACGACGCUUUUUACACUUUUACAUUUGGUGCCUGGACGGGACGAUUCAUUGCGUGUCUUUAUGUGACAGUUGAGCUAUUUGUCCGUUUACUUUAGAGAUGGCAGAUUUACCGCUGCCGCAACAGUUGGUUGAUAUAGACCCGGAUUUCGAGCCGCUCUCGAGGCCCCGGUCAUGCACCUGGCCUCUGCCUCGACCAGAGUUCAUCGAACCGGCCUGCUCAAACACAUCUUCACCGGCGCCUUCAGUCAAGCAGGAGCCUGUCGAAUACAUCAGUAACCUCCGUUUUUUAGAAGAGUCAGAGGACUACCCGGAGGAUCAGAAACCGCUCGUUUUGUGCAAUGAUUUUCAGUGCCAGGGGAACUGCAUACACCCGCAGCAGGAGCAACAACAUCCACAGCAGUUACAGCAUCAGCAGCAGCACCCGUGUCCUCUGCUGCCGCACCAGCAACAGGUGCCCCCGGUCUCAUCCCCUGUCGGGUCGAUUUCGGUGACCGCCGCCGCAGCCGUGCAGAGGAAAAGCAGCUCGUCGCGUCGGAACGCCUGGGGCAAUAUGUCCUAUGCGGACCUCAUCACCAAGGCGAUAGAGAGCUCACUGGAGAAGCGACUCACCUUGUCUCAGAUCUAUGACUGGAUGGUGAAGAGUGUGCCAUAUUUUAAGGAUAAAGGAGACAGUAAUAGCUCAGCAGGUUGGAAGAACUCCAUCCGCCACAACCUGUCCCUCCACAGUCGUUUUGUUCGUGUGCAGAACGAGGGGACAGGGAAGAGCUCGUGGUGGAUGCUGAACCCAGAGGGAGGGAAGAGCGGGAAGUCCCCCCGACGUAGAGCUGCCUCCAUGGACAACAACAGCAAGUUUACCAAGAGCAGAGGGCGGGCUGCCAAGAAGAAGGUGGCUCUCCAGGACGGGGUAGUUGGGGGUGCAGACAGCCCGGGAGGCUCCCAGUACUCCAAGUGGCUCGGCAGCCCCAACUCCCACAGCCACAGCAAUGAUGACUUCGAGGCCUGGACUACCUUCCGGACGCGUGCCUCCUCCGACGCCUCCACCCUCUCUGGCCGUCGCUCUCCCUUCCUGGAACAGGACAUCGACCUAUCAGAGGCCGACGUCCAUAUGGGCUACCCUGGAGGGGUGGGGCCUAAGAUUACCUCCAUGGCCACCCUGCCCAGCCUAUCAGAAGUGGGCCUGGCCGGCUCCAUGGGGGGUCAUCAUCAUGGUCACCACGGAACAGAGAAUGUCAUGGAGAAUCUCCUUGACAACCUCAACCUGUUGUCCCCCAAGAAUCAAGGCCAGCUGGUGGUAUGUGGCGGGCCUGGGUCUGGGCCCGACUCCUCCCGGUCCUCCCCCUCCUCCAUGCUUCAGAACAGCCCCUAUAGCUCCCCCUCCAUGAACCCCCAACCCCAACAGCAGGACUACAGGAAGUGCCUCUAUGGCCAGGCUGGGCCAGGCAUGAACAGCCCGCAUCUCUCCCCCAUCCCCAUGCAGACGCUGCCAGAGAGCAAGCCUCCAGGGUCCUUUGCACCCUUCCGGAGCCAUUACAACUGCCCCGCUGGGCUCCUUAAGGAGCUGCUGACCUCUGACGUAGCUGACCCCCAUGGCAGGGGUGGGGGUGAGGCCAUGCCCACCAUGGAGACAGUAGUGUCCCAGUCAGGGAGAGGGCGAGGAGGAGGAGGGCGGAUGCUGCCCAACUACAGCAGCCAGGGGCAGGUGGGACAGGUGGGGGGGCACGGAGGGGUGAAAAUGAUGAGUCCACCUCCUCAGCAACACCCACAACACCCUCAGUCCCACCCUCAAAAUCCACACCCUCACCCUCACCUGCAGCCUUUCCACAGCCAGGGCCAGUGCCCUCACCCAUCUGUGUCCUCCAUGAACGGCUGUGGCCUGAUUCCCCUGACCAGCCUCAACCACGCUGGGGGCCCAGCCCGUCUAGCCAGCCUCAGGACACACAUCCACCAGCUACAGCAGCGGCCCCACAGUGGUGGUGGUCACCCAGUUUCAGGCCAUCACAACCACAGUCCCAACCACAGCGGAGCUCCUCCACCCAACUACGGCAGCAGUGCUAAUUGUUAUGGGAGACCAGGUCCAGGUCACAGCUCUGCUCAUCCCCAGUCCCACCAUCGCCAUCACCACCAUCAUCAUCAUCAUCAGGAGAGGCUGCCUAGUGAUCUAGAUGACAUGUCCAUCGAAAGGUUUGAGUGUGACAUGGAGUCUGUUCUUCAUGAUACGCUGAUGGAUGGAGACUCGUUGGACUUCAACUUUGACCCCAUGGUGACCACCCAGGGGUUUAGUCAGGGGGUUGGGGUGAAGACCACCACACACAGCUGGGUGUCUGGCUAAGACACACACACACACCUCUCCGACUCAGAGCAGACAGGUUUUUCACCAUUCUCCACUGGCCUCUAAAGAAACCAUUGCCCCUCUCCAGAGGACUAUCAUCAGCCCGUCCCAAUUCUGUCACUAUCCAUUGCAGAUAUGUAAGGUGGAAGAAAUAAGGUGGAAACUCCAUCACUAAACUGUGUUUACAUAUCUAGACCCUGUAGAUUUGCGAAGAUCAAUGGCUACGGAGGUACUGCGCUGGCUGAGACUGUGAGGGAAAGGCUGGUCUAAAGUUGGCCUUGUAAAUAUAGCAGCACUUGACUCAGCACAAUAUCAUUCACUUCAACAGUACUUGGAAGAAGCUGGAGACUCUUAAAGCAAUGUUUUAUUGUGAAAAAUGUUUUGUGUUUAUUAUGUUAUUUUAGUUUUUGGGAUCUCACAUUAUGUUUUUGCAAGUGUGUAUUUAUUUUUUUAUGUUCAAAAUCAGGGCUGGUUUUAGCGCUUCAAAAACAACUGGAACGGAGUCGGUUCUAUUUCACAUUCAAGUGGGGUCUGUACCACCCUUCAAGGUGCUUUUCAAUAAGGUUGUCAAAAAAAGUUUGACAUAUUAUGUCUGAAUAAGAUAUUAUCGAUGUAAAUAUGCUACUAUACUUCAAACAUAUAGUGCAUUCGGAAAGUAUUCAGACCGCUCAACUUUUUCCACAUUUUGUUACGUUACAUCCUUAUUCUAAAAUUGAUUAAAUUGUUUUCCCCCCUCAUCAAUCUACACACAACACCCCAUAAUUACUAAGCAAAAACAUUUUUUGUAAUUGUAUAAAAUAAAAAACCUGAAUGUGACAUUUUCAUAAGUAUUCAGACCCUUUAGUCAUUACUUUGUUGAAGCAUCAUUAGCAGUGAUUACAACCUGGAGUCUUGUUGUGCUCCCUCUCCGGCCUCUAGGUCACCAGGCUGCUCAUUAUGGCGCACACCUGGCACCAUCGUUACGCGCACCUGCGCAUCAUCAGACUCACCUGGACUCCAUCACCUCCCUAAUUACCUUCCCUAUAUAUGUCACUCCCUUUGCUUCCUUCCCCAGGUGUUAUUGUUUCUGUUUCAUGUCUGUGCAUUGUUCGUGUUUCUUGUUUUGUAUUAUGUUUUCAUUUAUUAAUUAAAUGAUUCACUCCCUGAACUUGCUUCCCGACUCCCAGCGCACACAUUACAACUACAAGCUUAGCACACCUGCAUUUGAGGAGUUUCUCCCAUUCUUCUCUGCAGAUCUUCUCAAGCUGUGUCAGGUUGGAUGGGGAGCAUCGCUGCACAGCUAUUUUCAGGUCUCUCCAGAGAUGUUCGAUCACAUUUAAGUCUGGGUUCUGGCUGAGCCAUUCAAGGACAUUUGUCCUGAAGCCACUCCUGCAUUGUCUUGGCUGUGUGCUUUGGGUCGUUGUCCUGUUGGAAGGUCAACCUUUGCCCCAGUGUGAGGUCCUGAGCGUUCUGGAGAAGGUUUUCAUCAAGGAUCUCUCUGUACUUUGCUCAGUUCAUCUUUGCCUCGAUCCUGACUAGUCUCCCAGUCCCUGCCACUGAAAAACAUCCCCACAG